UAGCAGCGGGGGGAACCAGCCGAGGGGAGGGAACGGAACACACCGAAGAUUGGCCAAAUCUAACCGGAUUACGCUGCCCGUGUAGCGAUUAAAAUGAAAACCAAGUGACACUCGACCCUCCGGCCCGUGUUUUAGGGAAUGAGUGUGGGAUUAUGGCGCGAGACGGGAUGACAACACUGUCUGACAUGUGAGGACGAGCACAACAGUGUGUCCGUUUAUGCACAUCUCUGCGUUCGUUUCGCAUUCGCUGGAAAACAACAUGAAGAAGUUUAAUAUCAGGAAGGUGUUGGACGGAUUGACCGCGGCGUCUUCUUCCUCCUCCGCCGCCGCCGCUGCGUCCCCUCAGUCGGGGAAUGACAUGAUUCAGGAGACCCUGCAGUCCGAGCAUUUCCAGCUCUGCAAGACAGUGCGACAUGGCUUUCCCUAUCAACCCUCAUCCAUGGCUUUUGACCCUGUGCAGAAAAUUCUGGCUAUUGGCACACAGAGUGGAGCCCUAAGACUAUUCGGCAGAGCAGGAGUAGAGUGUUACUGUCAGCAUGAGAGCGGAUCGGCUGUCAUCCAGCUGGAGUUUCUUGUCAAUGUAGGGGCGCUGGUUAGUGCUCUGGCGGAUGACAGUAUUCAUUUGUGGAAUCUGAGGCAAAAGCUUCCAGCCGUUCUCCAUUCUCUUAAAUUCAAUCGAGAGAGGAUCACAUUCUGCCAUUUGCCUUUCCAGAGCAAAUGGCUGUAUGUGGGCACGGAAAGAGGAAACAUUCAUAUUGUCAAUGUGGAGUCCUUUACCCUCUCAGGCUAUGUGAUCAUGUGGAACAAAGCCAUUGAACUGUGAGUGCCUACUCACCCUGGACCUGUAGUUCACAUCAGCGAUAACCCCAUGGAUGAGGAAAAAGCAAUUGCUCUCUUUUUUGCAGCUUUUAAUUGGUUUGAAUGUGGGAUAGUUGUGCUGUGGGACUUGAAAUCGAAGAAGGCAGACUACCGGUACAACUAUGAUGAGGCGAUCCACUCUGUGGCUUGGCAUCACGAGGGGACGUUUGUGUGCAGUCACUCGGAUGGCACACUUACCACAUGGAAUGUACGCGCUCCUGCCAAGCCUGCCCAGAUCAUUACACCGCAUGGUAAACAGCCAAAGGAUGGGAAGAAGCCAGAGCCUUGCAAACCCAUCCUGAAAGUGGAGUACAAAACCACCAGAGCAGGGGACCCAUUCAUGAUACUGUGUGGAGGUUUGUCAUAUGAUACAGUGGGUAGGCGAGCCUGUCUGACUGUGAUGCAUGGGAAAAGCACUGCAGUGCUGGAGAUGGACUACCCCAUAGUGGAUUUCCUUACGCUGUGUGAAACCCCAUAUCCAAACGAUUUCCAGGAGCCUUAUGCAGUUGUUGUCCUACUGGAAAAGGAUUUGGUUGUUAUUGACCUUGCACAAAUUGGGUAUCCCAUCUUUGAGAACCCGUACCCUUUAUCCAUCCACGAGUCUCCGGUGACCUGCUGCGAAUAUUUUGCAGACUGUCCAGCUGAAGCCAUACCUGCACUUUACUCCGUGGGCUACAGACAGAAAAGACAGGGCUUCAGUAAGAAGGAAUGGCCCAUAAGUGCAGGUAACUGGGGCCAGGGAACACUGAGUUUUUCAGAGAUUAUCAUCACUGGGCAUGCUGAUGGAUCGAUCAAGUUUUGGGAUGCCUCAGCUUUAAUGCUUCAAGUGUUGUAUAAGCUGAAAACAGCGAAGGUGUUUGACAAGCCCCGCAGUAAAGAAGAGAAAUCCAGCACUGAUAUUGUGGAUGAGGAUCCAUUCGCCAUUCAGAUGCUGUCCUGGUGUCCGGAGAGCCGUGUGCUGUGUGUGGCUGGAGUAUCGGCUCAUGUUAUAGUCUACAGGUUCAGCAAACAGGAAGUCACCACUGAAGUGGUUCAGCUGUUGGAGGUGCGUAUGCAGUGUGAGCUGAAUGAAGUGGAGUCUCCAGAGGGUGGAGGAGACCAGGCGUCGGCUGUUUCCACCCCAGGAACCGCACCCAGCCCUCAGACCAGCCUGCCUCAGUCUCACCCCUCCACCAGCAGCAACAACUCCUCCGACGGCCUCCGGGAUAACGUGCCCUGCCUCAAGGUCAGGAGUUCUCCUCUCAAACAGUUUCCCGGUUACCAUGUGGAGCUGCUCAUUCAGCUGGUAUGGGUCAGCGGGGAGCCGCCACUGCAGAUCACCAGCCUGGCCAUCAACUCUGCUUAUGGCCUAGUCGCUUUUGGCAAUGGAAACGGCCUUGCAGUUGUUGAUUACAUUCAGAAAACUCUCCUUCUGAACGUGAGCACCGCCGAAUUGUAUGGCUCGACAGAUCCUCACCACAGACAGCCACACUCACCCCGCAAAACCAGACAGCCCUCAGCAGGUCUUUGUGAUGGUAAUGAUGCAUCAGCCGCCCCAGAGGAGAGAUGCAAAUCACCAACCUCAGGCUCCGGUUCACCAUGCAAUUCUGAUGAAGACAGCAAACAAAAGUUCAUUGAGAAGGUGAAGUCCAAAAGCAAGCGGAUAUCCAAGACUGUUGCCAAUGACUUUGCUAAGAUAUCCCGGAAAAUUAACAUGCUUGCUGAUCAAAAAGAUGACGCCAGAGACAACUCAUUCAGCCGCUCGCGCAGCUCCAGUGUGACCAGCAUUGACAGAGAGUCACGGGAGGUCAUUUCCUCCUUUUAUUUUUGCGACUCUCUGUCCAAGAAAAGCGAGACGCUGGCAGUGCCCAGUCUGUGGGUGGGCACCUCAUUGGGCAGCAUGUUAGCCAUUGCCCUCACCGUUCCCUCCACACCAGAGCAAAGGAUGCAACAGCCUGUGGGCGUCUCUUUCUGUGGUUCAGUAGUGCGCUUGAAGGGAGCUAUUCUGCGUAUGGCGCAGCUGGAUGCCAGCGGGACUCUCCUGCCCCAUGUUUAUGAGCCCUGGUAUGAGCCCAACGCCUCUGAGGAGGAGAGAGAGCGGCCACGGAGACGCAGACCCACAUCCCCUCCAUCAUCUCAGGAGAACCAGGACUGUCAGUACGCUGUGGUCUGCUCUGAAAAACAGGCCAAGGUGGUGGCGCUGCCUUCCCAAAACUGCAUCUUCGAACACAACAUCACUGAAGCAUCCUUUGUGCUUAGAGCCGAUGUGGUGACGAUGACGGCCGGGGUUGGCAUCGCCUGUUUCUGUGCCAACGGCCACAUCAUGACCCUCAGUUUGCCCAGCCUGCGGCCAUUGCUGGAUGUGAACUACCUUCCUCUAACGGACAUGAGGAUAGCCAGAACCUUCUGUUUCUCGAACCAAGGCCAAGCCCUGUACCUCACAUCCCCCACUGAGAUCCAAAGAAUCACCUAUAGCCAGGAAACCUGUGAAAACCUGCAGGAGAUGCUUGGAGAGAUGUUUACUCUAGUGGAGACUCCAGAAGCUCCAAACAGAGGCUUCUUCAAGGGCUUGUUUGGAGGCGGCGCUCAGUCCUUGGACAGAGAGGAUCUGUUUGGAGAGGUGGCUGCUGGGAAGGCCUCACGCAGCCUAGCACAGCACAUCCCAGGUCCUGGCGGUAUGGAGGGCAUGAAGGGGGCGGCGUCAGGUGUGGUCGGAGAGCUUGCGCGGGCGAGGAUAGCGCUGGAUGAGAGAGGACAGAAACUGGGAGAGCUGGAGGAGAGGACGGCAGCCAUGAUGGCCAGCGCAGACUCCUUCUCCAAACAUGCGCAUGAUAUGAUGCUGAAAUACAAGGACAAGAAAUGGUACCAGCUCUGAGGGCCUGCAGGGAGUCAGCGGAAGACAGCAGAUCCAUCAUCUCUCCUCGGUUUCUUCCUUCUCUUCCCGUAUCUUUCCCUCUCUGUGAUGUCUAGAGACUCGGCACAACGUCCCGCGGCAUUACCUCCAGCAGAGGAGACAGUAGGCGAAGGAACCAGACGAGUCAAACGCAUUGGGAUGGGAUUUCCCGGCACUAAAGUUUCCUCCCCUGAAAACAAAAAGCUGUAUUUCUUGUCAUGUAGAGGAGGCUUUUAACCGGUGCUGCCCCCUGUUGUACACCAUCAUCCGCCCCACGCUGUCAUUUUCACUGCCAUUCGAUCUGCGAAACAAACUACACGGAGAAAGAAACCGAAUGAAAUGGAGACUAACGUGUGCAGCAUUGCCAAGCUUAAUGCUUCUGAUAAUCUGUCACUAGUGCAAGAAAACAUUGCAUGUCUAGUGAUUUCAUGUAGGAAAUUAGUGCGUUUUCUUGGUUUUUAGGAAAAGGGGGCACUGUAAAAAGCGAUUUCUAGACGUUACUUUAAAAAAAAAAAGCGAGUAAACCCAUUG